AUGCUCAUGUUCGGCCGCUUCGUCGCCGGGUUGGCAUGGGCUCUGGCGCUCAUGAUCGCGCCCGUGUACACGGCUGAGGUGUCCCCCGCGUCAGCCAGCGGCUUCCUAACGUCCUUCCCGGAGGUGUUCAUCAACUUCGGCAUCCUUCUGGGCUACGUGUCCAACUACGCCUUCUCUCACCUCCUGCUCCGCCUCGACUGGCGCGUCAUGCUCGGCAUCGGCGCGGUGCCAUCCAUCGUGCUCGCCCUCAUGGACACAAGCCAAAUUUAA